AAAAUUGUCACAAUCUCACCAGAUUCACACUUGGCAAUAUUUCAUUUGUAGUGGGGUCAAAAACAUUUUUCACCCAUCCAAUCACAUUUUUCUAAGUCAACUCUGACAACAUUUUCUUGGUCCAAGUAUCUUUUUCCUAAGUUGUCCUAUGCAUGGAGGGGGUAAGAGUAGAUUGUGGGUCAAAAUACAUGAUUUGGUUGGGAAUCAAAAAGGAAAAGAACACGAAAAAAGCUCAGUUAACACUUCAUCUUUUUUGGUCAGAAUGAAUAAUUAAAAACAUACCCUCCCUCCCGGGCCUCCCCCAACAACUUAUCAUUAUCAGCAGCCCUUCAUGUACAGGAGGAGGGGUUACAGAUCCCCUCCAAACAAGACACGGGGGUGGAUUUUUUUUGGGCACUAUUUUAUUUACAUUGGGCCCACCCCUAUGGGAGAUUUCGGUAUUAAUUCUGUAAAUUCCAUUUCUUUACAAAUGGAAUAAUACAUUAUCACAAAACUCAUGUUAAAGAAAUCAUCAAAGCUGACAAACAUAACAUACAUUGACAAAUGCUUUCACUUAUUUAUAAAAAAAAUUGGGUUCAUUAGCUCAUUAAAAAGCCUUCUCUUUAGCCCUUUUGUAACUUCACAUCCCUCUCUUCCUCCCUCCCUCUCCCUCGUACGCAGGUGAUGUGAACGCGCAUUCGGACACGCACAUUCAUGGCAGCCACAAUCAUUUUCCUCCUCUGUAUGUGUGUAAGCCUACUAUCCAAUGCUGAUAACGUGCAAGGAAUGGCAAGAUGGCCUGGUGGGAGUUCAACAAGGUUCUAUGAAUUCAAGGUGCAAACCAAAAGAAUAACGAAGCUUUGUAAGACCAAAGACAUCAUCACCAUCAAUAACAUGCUCCCAGGACCAGUUAUUUAUGCUCAAGAAGACGAUCGAGUAAUAGUUAAAGUCAUUAAUCAGACACCACACAAUGCCACAAUCCACUGGCAUGGUGUCCGGCAGAGGUUAUCUUGCUGGUUUGACGGCCCUUCUUAUGUCACACAAUGUCCAAUUCAGCCUGGACAAACUUUCACCUACGAGUUUACACUCGUGCAGCAAAAGGGCACCCUACUUUGGCACGCUCAUGUAUCAUGGCUCAGGGCAACUGUUUAUGGCGCCAUUAUUAUAUAUCCCAAGACUGGUGUACCCUACCCUUUUCCAUACCCUUAUGAAGAGCACAUCAUUAUCCUAGGGGAGUAUUAUUUGAGAGAUCCUCUGCAACUUGAGCAGGCUGUUCUAGCUAGCGGUGGAGGUCCCCCACCGGCAGAUGCUUAUACCAUCAAUGGGCACCCCGGUCCCAAUUAUAAAUGCUCUACCAAUGAUGUGUACAAGAUUGACGUAAUCCCAGGGAAGACGUACCUACUGAGAUUAAUCAACGCGGGAUUGAAUAUGGAGAAUUUCUUUGGGGUGGCUAAUCACCAGAUGACAGUUGUUGAAGCUGAUGCAGAAUACACGAAGCCUUUUACUACAGAUCGUGUUAUGCUCGGGCCAGGCCAGACCCUCAAUGUUCUGAUCACUGCCAAUCAACCCAUCGGAAGAUACUCCAUGGCCAUGGGACCUUACAUGUCUGCAAGAAAUGUACCAUUCCAAAAUAUAACAUCAGUAGCCUAUUUCCAGUACUUGGGUGCCACCCCAAAUAGCGUAUCUUUACCGGCUGUUCUUCCACGUUUUAAUGACAAUCUAGCUGUUAAAACCGUAAUGGACGGGCUUAAGAGUCUUAAUCCUGCUAGUGUUCCAAAAGAAAUAGAUAAGAAUCUGUUCGUUACUAUUGGCUUAAAUGUGCAAAAAUGUGGAAGAAAAAAUCCACGGCAGAAUUGCCAAGGCAACAAUGGUGGAAUCUUUGCUGCUUCUAUGAAUAACAUAACUUUUAUUCGGCCUAGUGUUUCACUCUUGGAAGCAUAUUACAGGAAGAUAAAUGGACAUUUCACUGAAGAUUUCCCUGCCUCACCCCUGAGGUUCUAUGAUUUUGUUAACGGGGCUCCUAAUAAUGCUCCUAAUGAUACUAAUGCAUUGAACGGAACAAGGACUCACGUCUUUGAAUAUGGUACUAGGGUUCAGAUUAUCUUGCAGGAUACAGGGACUAUCUCAACUGAAAAUCAUCCAAUUCAUCUUCAUGGAUAUAGUUUCUAUGUUGUCGGCUAUGGCACCGGAAAUUACAAUCCAGAUAGAGCCAAUUUCAACUUGGUCGAUCCACCAUACAUGAACACCAUUGGAGUUCCAGUUGGUGGAUGGGCUGCAAUCAGAUUUCUUGCUGAUAACCCAGGGGCUUGGUUUAUGCAUUGUCACUUGGAGAUACAUUUGACAUGGGGCUUAUCAGUGGUGUUUAUUGUGAAGAAUGGGCAAGGACCGCUAGAGACCCUACCUCAUCCUCCAGCAGAUUAUCCCCGAUGCUAGAUAAGUAAUUUAGGGGAUGUAGAAAAUAAGACAUGGAUGGUCUUUUUGUACAUUUCAAUGACAAGAUUCUUACAUGCAAGUGUGCGAUAUGUUCUGUUGAUUUCUUUUCAGCUGAUAUGAAUGAUGUUGUGUAGAUUGAUAAAGAACUUGGUUAAUAAAAGUUCAGCAUUAUAUUUCACUA